AGGAAGAGGAAGUGAAGCGGACUGGUGACCCACGUGGAUUUCACGCGCGUCUCCGAGUGUCAGAGGGCCGGACUUUUAAGUUGUGUCCGGGUCAGUGCGGCGGCAGCAUGGGGCGCUCGGGCAAGUUGCCGUCCGGUGCCUCGGCUAAGUUGAAGCGCUGGAAGAAAGGCCACAGCAGCGACAGCAACCCCGCCACCUACCGCCACCGCCAGGCCGCGCGCAGCCGCUUCUUCAGCCGGCCGUCAGGAAAGAGCGAGCUGACGGUUGACGCGGUGCGGCUGCACAACGAGCUGCAGUCGGGGUCCCUGCGCCUGGGCAAGAGCGAAGCCCCCCAGUCGGCUGUGGAGGAGGGCGAGGAGCUGGCUUUCACGGAGAGGUCCUCGGCCACCUUCCUGAGCGGCCUCUCUGAUUGCACCAACGUCACCUUCAGCAAAGUGCAGCGCUUCUGGGAGUCCAACUCGGCUGCCCACAAGGAGAUCUGUGCGGUUCUGGCUGCUGUCACUGAGGUGAUUCGCUCUCAAGGAGGGAAGGAGACGGAGACAGAAUACUUUGCUGCUCUGAUGACAACAAUGGAGGCUGUGGAGUCCCCAGAGUCCCUGGCUGCUGUCGCUUACCUACUGAACCUUGUCUUGAAGCGUGUGCCCAGUCCUGUGCUCAUUAAGAAGUUUUCUGAUACCUCCAAAGCCUUCAUGGACAUCAUGUCUACCCAGGCCAGCAGCGGCUCCACCUCUGCUCUCCGAUGGGUCCUCUCCUGCGUGGCCACUCUUCUUCGAAAGCAAGACCUAGAGGCCUGGGGCUACCCUGUGACCCUCCAGGUGUACCAUGGGCUGCUGAGCUUCACUAUGCAUGCCAAGCCCAAGGUCCGGAAAGCUGCCCAGCAUGGAGUGUGCUCAGUGAUUAAAGGCAGCGAAUUCAUGUUUGGUGAGAAGGCCCCUGCCCAUCAUCCUGCCGCUGUUUCCACUGCUAGGUUCUGCAUCCAGGAGAUUGAGAAGUCUGGAGGCACCAAGGAGGCCACCACCGCACUGCACAUGCUGACACUGCUGAAAGACAUGCUACCCUGCUUCCCGGAAGGCCUGGUGAAGAACUGCAGUGAGACGCUCCUCCGGGUCAUGACCUUGAACCAUGUGCUGGUAACAGCCUGUGCCAUGCAGGCCUUCCACAGCCUCUUCCAUGCCAAGCCCAGCCUAGGCACCCUGUCGGCAGAGCUCAACGCCCAGAUCAUCACGGCCCUAUAUGACUACUUGCCCAGUGAGAAUGACUUGCAGCCCCUGCUGGCCUGGCUUAAGGUCAUGGAGAAAGCCCACAUCAACUUGGUCCGGUUGCAGCGGGACCUAGGCCUAGGCCACCUUGCUCGCUUUUUUGGAACUGCGAUGCCUUGUCUCCUCUCCCCUCACUUGCAGGUGGUGACAGCUACCACACAGAGCCUGAAGGAGAUCCUAAAGGAGUGCGUGGCUCUGCACAUGGCUGACAUCGGCUUGGUGACCUCUUCAGCUUCAGGUGCUGCCCGAUAUAUUGCCAAGAUGUUCAGGGCAGUGGAGGAAGGCCUGACCUACAAAUUCCAUGCAGCGUGGGGCUCUGUGCUACAGCUGCUGUGUGUCUUCUUUGAGGUGUGUGGCAGGCAGGCCCACCCUGUGAUGAAGAAGUGCCUCCAGUCCCUGUGUGACCUGCGCCUCUCCCCUCACUUCCCCCACACGACAGCCCUAGACCAGGCAGUGGGGGCUGCAGUGACCAGCAUGGGGCCCGAGGUGGUGUUGCAGGCUGUUCCUUUGGAAAUUAAUGGCUCCGAGGAGACUCUGGACUUCCCACGGAGCUGGCUGCUACCUGUCAUCAGGGACCAUGUCCGGGAAACAAGGCUUAAUUUCUUCACCACCUACUUCUUGCCCCUGGCUGCCACCCUGAAGAGCAAAGCUCUGGAGCUGGCCCAGGCAGGGAGCACAGUGGAGUCCAAGAUCUACGACACACUGCAGUGGCAGAUCUGGACCCUCUUGCCUGGGUUUUGCACAAGGCCCUCAGAUGUGGCUGCCUCCUUCAAAGGUCUGGCACGGACACUGGGCACUGCCAUCAGUGAGCGCCCGGACCUGAGAGUCACUGUGUGCCAGGCCCUGCGCACCCUCAUCACCAGGGGUUGUGAGGCAGAGGCUGAUCGGGCUGAAGUGAGCCGCUUUGCCAAAAACUUCCUGCCAAUCCUUUUCAACUUGUAUGGGCAGCCUGUAGCUACUGGGGACACACCAGCCCCUCGCAGAGCUGUGCUGGAGACUAUCAAAACUUAUCUCACCAUAACUGAGACUCAGUUGGUGAAUGGUUUUCUGGAAAAAGCAAGUGAGAAGGUGCUUGACCCUGCCAGUUCAGACUUCACCAGAUUGUCUGUUCUGGACCUGGUUGUGGCCUUGGCUCCUCAUGCGGAUGAAGUGGCCAUCAGCAGACUGUACUCUACCAUCCAGCCCUACCUGGAGAGCAAGGUUCAUGGGGUGCAGAAGAAGGCCUACCGAGUUCUGGAGGAGGUGUGUGCCAGCUCCCAGGGGCCCGCGGCCCGCUUUGUGGAGAGUCACCUGGAUGACCUGAAGAAGACCCUGCUGGACUCGCUCCGGAACACGUCCUCGCCCGCCAAGAGGCCCCGUUUGAAGUGCCUCAUCCAUGUUGUGAAGAGCCUCUCAGCUGAGCAUGAGGAGUUUAUCGCUGCCCUCAUCCCAGAGGUAAUCCUGUGCACCAAAGAGGUGUCCGUGGGCGCCCGAAAGAAUGCUUUUGCCCUGUUGGUGGAGAUGGGCCGUGCUUUUCUGCGGUUUGGCUCCAACCAGGAAGAAGCCCUGCAGCAGUACCUCAUUCUGAUCUACCCUGGCCUCGUGGGCCCAGUAACCACAGUCAGUUGCAGCAUCCUGGCCCUGACCCACCUCCUUUUUGAGUUUAAAGGGUUGAUGGGGACCAGCACAGUGGAACAGCUGCUGAAGAAUGUGUGCCUGCUGCUGGCCUCACGCACCCGAGAUGUGGUCAAAUCUGCCCUGGGCUUCAUCAAGGUGGCUGUGGUGGUCAUGGAUGUGGUGCACCUGGCCAAGCACGUGCAGCUCGUGAUGGAAGCCAUUGGGAAACUGUCAGAUGACAUGCGGCGACACUUCCGCAUGAAGCUUCGGAACCUAUUCAUCAAGUUCAUCCGCAAGUUUGGAUUUGAGUUGGUGAAGGGACUACUGCCCGAGGAGUACCACAAAGUGCUGAUCAACAUCCGGAAAGCUGAGACUAGGGCCAAGAAGCACCGUGCCCUGACUCAGGCUGCUGCAGAGGAAGAAGAAGAGGAGGAGCCCAUCCAGGGCAAGGGAGACAGCAUUGAAGAGAUUUUGGCUGACUCAGAGGAUGAGGAUAACGAAGAGGAGGAUCAAGGCCAUGGAAGGGAGCAGCGGAAGCUGGCGCGGGAGAGGAGCCGGGCAUGGCUCAAGGAAGGUGGUGGGGAUGAGCCCCUCAACUUCCUGGAUCCCAAGGUGGCCCAGAGAGUCCUUGCCACACAGCCUGAGCCAGGCCGGGGCAAGAAGAAGGACCAUGGCUUCAAGGUGAGCGCUGAUGGCCGGCUAAUCAUACGGGAGGAGGAAGAUGGCGACAAGGUGGAGGAAGAGUAUGACACUAAAGGUGGGACUUCAGCUCUUUCUGGGGUCACAGCUGCUUCUGGCCCAGCCAGGAGGAAGAAACGUAAGCAGCAGAAAGAGGCUGAGGAGGAAGAGCUGGAAAUGCCCCCUCAGUACCAAGCUGGAGGCUCUGGCAUCCAUCGUCCACUGGCCAGGAAGGCCCCACCUGGGGCUGAAUACAAGGCCAAGAAAGCAAAAGGUGAUAUGAAAAAGAAGGGACGACUUGAUCCCUAUGCCUACAUCCCUCUCAACAGAACCAAGCUUAACCGCAGGAAGAAGGUGAAACUACAGGGACAAUUCAAAGGUCUGGUGAAAGCUGCCCAACGGGGGUCCCAGGUGGGACAUAAACUCCGCAAAAAGGAUCGCCGGUCCUGAAGCCCAGGACCCCUGGGUACUCUGAUCUAAGCCAAAGCUGGCUCCAAGUACUCAAGAUUUGCACAGCCUGGACUCAGUGACUUGCUGGAGAUGGAACAUGACUCUGAGAGAUGCCCAGGAUUUUAGAACUCCAAGUGGGACUCAGCUUUAGAAACAUCCUUGGGAGGACUGGGGAGAUAACAGUAGAAUAAGCACUUGCCUGGCAAGUGCAGGGUCCCGAGUUCAAUCCCUGGUACUGCAAAAAAAAAAAAAAGAAUAGAAAAGAAACAUCCGUGGGGAUGAGACUGUGGCAUUACUGCCUCUGAGUAGGUCCUGUGAGGUGAAUGUGCUUUCUGCCCAGUGGCCAUGAGCAGGGUAGCUUGGCCAUGUGCUGCUCUUAACUGGGCUGUGGUCUGGUGUGUGAGAUUUGCUAUGAUCAGGUGUGCAAUAAAUGUGUAUCACCGUGUGUUAGCCCUAGAAACACUGUUUGGUAACCUGUCCUCUCCAGGUGGAAGAAUGGAGAUGGCUGGCCAGGGUGACCUUGACUCCUUCCUGCUUGACUCAGCAUCCAGGCUAGGGCUGUGCCCAAAGGCCAGGCCUUCCACCCUGCUCAGAGUCAGGAGAGUGCCCUGGCUUCACUUGGCAGUCCCAGUUGGAAAGCAACUUUUAGGGGUCAGGAAGGGCACUGAAUGCUCCAGCACUGAUGCCUAUAGCCGUGCUUGGACCCUAGGAAUAGAAUUUUGGGAUAGAAAGGUGGUAGCUGGCUCAGCUGACAGCUGCAGGUUGAGUGCAAGUUUAUAUGAUGCUUCAGUUGGCCAGGAUUUACAUCUUUAAAAAAGUUGGAAGCCAGUUGUCAUUUAUCACGUGUACUGAGCCCCUCCACAUAUUUUGCACACAUUGUUCAGCCAUGUCUCUGUUACUACCCAACCCCCUAUCCAGAUCUGGUUGGGUACAAGGUGGUUCCCACUGGUCCAGCCUGCUUGGUCUGGUGCAUAUCUGCUGUACCCCAGAGGUCCCUUGUCCUAUCAGCCCAGGGUCUCCCCAUUUUUAAAAAUUUUAUUUAUUGUGUACAAGGUCCCCUUACG